AACGUUGUAUCAGCGCGAACUUCGUUCCGUUCCCCUGGAAAUGUCUGUCUCCCGUAUGGCAGUGAAGCUUUCAGAAAACACAAAGGAGACCAGGGGUUACUGGGCGCGAGUGGAACAAUGCGUGUACGAUCCCGAUCACAAUUCUCUGCGGACGCGCAUUGUAUUCAACGAUUUGUCAGUGUCAGGAAUGGUGUCCCUAAUGCCGCGAAAUCAUCACGCCCUGAUUUCCGCUGAAUCCUGCAAAAUGACCCUGCGACUGAGGCGCGCUGGAAUAGACUUUCUCACCAAUCCGAUCACCCGGGGACGCGGUCAGAUGCGUAUACGCACUGAGUCUAGCUUCCUGGAACCCAGAUUUGCAUCGAUCUAUGCGUAUGAUUGCCGUUCUACGCGCAUUGACAAGCAAAUCAAACGGCAAGAUAAAUGGCCGUCGUAUCAUUCAAGUAACGUCAACAAGGUAACACCGACUCUGUCAUUAGCUCUGAACGACAAGUACGAUGCGGCGGAACCGAGACAAUUAGCGGGCAAUGCCGAUGAAAUAGACAUUGUUAUACCGAAUGAGAAUCGACAUUUGCAUUAUUCACACAUUCCUGAGACGAAUUUCGGUGUAUGGAAGAAGAAUUCUUGGAUCACCAAAUUAUCAUCACAUCAGAAACGCUCAACGGCACGGUACGCGCGUACUGCGAUUGUUAUUACACCGCGUAACUUCACGGACACCCUGAUAAAUAAGCGUAAAUCGACAGCGAGAUCUGUGAAUUUCACUAAAAUUCUUAAUCUAACCGACCAUUUCCGGAAUGAAGAUUCAUCACAACAUGUAUCGCGGGAUCUCGUAGUAAACGACAAUUACGACAAUUUGUUCUCUGUAGACUCAGAAGAUCCGAACAGGAUCAAUUGGCAAUCUAAAGAGUAUAUCACAAAAGAAAUGGAGGAAGUGUUUUUGCAGGGUGCUAGCCAAGCGUUGACCAGAUACAUCGAACGUCAACUACAUCCGGCAAUCAAAGAGACACUAAUGCUGUCUAUGGGUUACACCAUCAGUUAUGGAUAA